AGUAUAUCUGAAUAAAUUCAAAAUCAAUACAGCUGCAAAUGCAGCCACGGUUAAAAUGCAAAAGCGGAAAAAAACCCAUAAAUUGUGAGAAAUCAACGAGCACAAAGCCCAAAAUGCGUCGCACAUAUCGCCAAAAGCAAUUGAACUGUGAGCUAAUCCAAAGCAUAUCCAACCCAAAUCCGCGCAUAUAAAAAUAAAGCGCGAUUCGCGCGAAUUUAGAAUAUAUCACGCUAAAAACCGAAGCCAAGGCCAAUAUGAAAACAGUCUGUGACGACAGCAAAUGGUCCGUGCAAAUUUGCUUGCUACUGCUCCUGGUCGUCCUGUCCACCUGUCACAUCCUGCAGACCGAAAGCCAGGUGGUCGGCGACAUCGAACAGGCGGACGACGGGCUGGCGUCCAGUCAUCGUCGCAGUCGCAGUCACAGUGCCAGUCACCGAGCUCACGUUGGCAAUGGCAAUCAUCCUGGCUGCGAGCACCUCCAUCAUCGUCAGCAUCGCGGCAAAAGUCACGCCCGGAAGCACAGACAGAGCCAUUACGAGAUGCUCGAGCUGGAGCAGCGGCAGCAGCAGAUGGGCAAGCACUGGCGUCAGUGGAUGAGCCACCUCCAGUCGCCGGAUUAUGCCAACGAUGACCCAUCGCCAGAUGGCAGGCGCGCCUCGCCGGCUAAUGCAGACCUUACCUACGACCACUUCGAGCUGGAGGACUACCAGCGAUAUGCUAAUAUUGACCUGGCAUCGCCGCGCUCCGGUCGUCAUCGCGGUCGCCACCUGCCCCUGAACAACAUGAACCUAAUGCUGCCGCUCAGCUCGGCGGAUGGAAGUGGCAAGUACCUGAGAUCCCUGCCGGACUCGGUGAGCUUCCAGAACGAUCGAUUGUACGCCACCCAGCCGCAGAGGCACUGGCCCGUUAAGCGGGAGGCCAUCGUGGAAGGCGACGUCAUUCUGGGCGGCCUGAUGAUGGUCCACUCGCGCGAGGACAGCAUCACCUGCGGGCCCAUCAUGCCGCAGGGUGGCAUCCAGGCCCUGGAGGCCAUGCUCUUCACGAUCGACAGGAUUAACCGGGAGCAGCUCCUGCCGAACAUCACGCUGGGUGCUCAUAUUCUCGACGACUGCGAUAAGGACUCGUAUGGCCUUGAAAUGGCCGUGGAUUUUAUCAAAGGGUCCAUCAGCAACAUAGAUGACGCGGAGUAUCACUGCAACAAGACGCAGGUGCGCAAGGUCAUCUCGGGGGUGGUGGGUGCCGCCUCCUCGGUCACAUCCAUACAAGUUGCCAAUUUAUUGCGGUUAUUCCGAAUUCCCCAGGUGUCGUACUUCUCCACCAGCCCCGAGCUGAGCAACAAACAGCGGUUCGAGUACUUCUCCCGCACUAUUCCGUCGGAUCACUACCAGGUGAAGGCCAUGGUGGAGAUAGUGAAGCGGAUGGGAUGGAGCUACGUCUCGAUUAUCUACGAGGAGAGCAAUUACGGAAUCAAGGCUUUCGAGGAACUGGAGGAGCUCCUGGCACGCCAUAACAUUUGUAUUGCCAUCAAGGAGAAGCUGGUGAAGGAUUCGGGAGUGGCCGAGGACAUCGCCUACGACAAUAUAGUGCAGAAGCUUCUGACGAAGCCGCGGGCUCGAGGGGCCAUUAUCUUCGGCUCGGAUCAAGAGGUGCGACAAGUGAUGCGGGCAGUCCGCCGGGCGAAUGCAACUGGUUCCUUCUCCUGGAUCGGAUCCGAUGGCUGGAGUGCGCGGAAUUUGGUGUCCGACGACUACGAACCGGAGGUGGAAGGCACACUGUCUGUGCAGCCGCAGGCGAAUCCGGUGCGCGGGUUCGAGGAGUACUUCCUCAGUCUGACGGUGGAGAACAAUCAACGCAAUCCCUGGUUUGUGGAAUUCUGGGAGGAUCAUUUCCAGUGCCGAUAUCCCGGCAGUACGAGCACUCCGUACAAUAACUACACCAAACAGUGCACCACAAAGGAGCGACUUUCACGCCAGAACACUGACUUCGAGGACCAGUUGCAGUUUGUUAGCGACGCAGUGAUGGCAUUUGCAUACUCCCUGAGGGACAUGCAUCGCGACCUGUGCGGCGGAGGUCCUUCGCUCUGCGAGGCCAUGAAGCCGACGAAGGGUGCAGACUUGCUCAAAUAUUUGCGAAAAGUGGAGUUUGAGGGCCUCAGCGGCGACGAGUUCCGCUUCGACGGGAACGGCGACGGUCCGGCCCGGUACAACAUCAUCCACUUCAAGCAGUCCCAGGCGGGACAGUACCACUGGGUCAAGGUGGGCGAGUACACCGAGGGCGAGCUGCGGCUUAACAUGUCGGAGGUGAAGUUCAAGCGGCUGAGUCCCAAGCCACCGGAGUCUGUUUGCAGCCUGCCAUGUCUGGUGGGUCAGGCCAAGAAGUACGUGGAAGGCGAGAGCUGCUGUUGGCACUGCUUCAAUUGCACAACCUAUCAAAUCCGCCACCCGGAUGACGAGACCCACUGCAAGCUGUGCAAGCUGGGGACUCUUCCCGACGCCCACAAGCAGUACUGCCGCCCCAUUCCGGAGAUAUAUUUGCGUCCGGAGUCCGCCUGGGCCAUCGGUGCUAUGGCAUUCAGUGCGACCGGGAUCCUAGUAACGCUCUUCGUAAUGGGCGUAUUUGUCAGGCACAACGACACGCCCAUAGUGCGUGCCUCUGGGCGGGAGCUGAGCUACAUCCUGUUGGCGGGGAUUUUCAUGUGCUACGGUGUCACCUUUGCCCUGGUCCUGAAGCCGACCAACAUAGUGUGUGCCAUUCAGCGGUUCGGUGUCGGCUUCUGCUUCACGGUCGUUUAUGCAGCACUGUUGACCAAAACGAAUCGCAUUGCACGGAUCUUCAAAGCGGGCAAACAGUCCGCCAAGCGGCCCUCCUUCAUUAGUCCCAAGUCCCAGCUGGUAAUCUGUGCGUGCCUGGUUAGUGUGCAGAUACUCAUCAACGGCGUUUGGAUGGUAAUUGCGCCAUCACAUGCCAUGCACCAUUAUCCCACACGCGAGGAUAAUCUGCUCGUCUGCGACUCGUACAUCGACGCCUCCUACAUGAUUGCGUUCUCCUACCCAAUCUUCCUGAUUGUUAUUUGCACGGUCUACGCGGUGCUCACGCGAAAGAUUCCGGAGGCUUUCAACGAAUCUAAGCAUAUUGGAUUCACCAUGUACACGACUUGCGUGAUUUGGCUAGCUUUUGUACCGCUCUACUUCGGAACCGCCAACCACGUCCCGCUGCGCAUCACCAGCAUGUCGGUGACUAUCAGCUUAUCCGCCAGCGUGACCAUCGCCUGUCUCUUUUCGCCCAAGCUGUACAUAAUACUCAUACGCCCCGAGCGCAACGUGCGCCAGAGCAUGAUGCCGCCUCGCUACGGCAAUAUGCACCGCACCGCUGGCACAGGACCCUCGUCCAUGAUGGCCGCCGCCGUGGUGACCGCCGCCACCUGUGCCCAGGAGGAGAAGAUCCAGAAGCAUAUCACUCCCACAAACACAGAAAACUCGCUAAAGACGAAGAAAUUGUGCGAAAUGGCCACUCAGACAAUUUCCAGUAUAAUCACGUCGCUGGACAUCAAUGCGUACAAUCAAAUACCAUAUGCCGAUCAAUAUGUGCCAAACAAUGCCACAACGGCCACGACCACGCCCACAGAUAAGGGCAGUGGCAACGGCAACAGCAACAGCAAUAGCAAUACGAAUGGUAGUAGCAAUAGCAACGGCAACAGCAACAGCAAUGGCGAUGGCGAUGUGGCAACAGAGAAAGUCGUGGCCAACAAUAAUAAAAUCAAUCAGCGGCAACAUGGCCAGCCGGCCGUGGCAUUUGCCAUCACAUCGACUAACAAUCACAUAAGCGGCCCAGCAGCAACCAUAACAACAACAGCGGCAACUGGCGAAAGAACAACAGAGGCGCUGGUGGCUACAAUAACAACUCCAUUGGCAACGGGGGAUGUCAGCGAAACCGUGUCCGUGGCGCCCAACAAUGGGCAUGGAAACGGGAGCCAACGUCCGCCGGUCCUGCAAACAAACUUAUAG